AUGGCGCUGACCAGCUCGGCAACAGCGUUGGCAGCAGUGCUGCUGCUGGCGUUGCAGCUCCCUGCAGCGGCGGCGGCCGACGUGCCUCCACCGCCUAACAGCUGCACCCGCAUGUGCGGCAACGUGAGCGUGCCGUACCCGUUCGGCGUCGGCCCGGCCGAAUGCUACUGGCCGGGCUUCAACCUCACCUGCCACACGAGCGGUCGGGAGGAGGCGCCAAGGCUGCUGCUCGGCGACGGCACCCUCCAAGUGGCGGAGAUCUCCAUCAAAAACAGCACGGUGCGCGUCAUGCGCGCCGGCGAUGUAGAAGUCGACGCUGCCGGCAACGGCUUGUUCGGCUGCGGCCUUGCGGACGACGGCCCCUACACGCUGUCUAACUCUAGCGAGCUCGUCGCAGUUGGUUGCAACGUGUAUGCGAUACUCCAAGAGAAGAACAAGCUCACCAUGCUGAGCGGUUGUGCCUCAUUCUGCGACGAAGUCUUCGUCGCAGACAAUGCGACUGCGAUUUAUCUGGAGGAACGAGGGAGUUCCCCCGGAACCAAAUACAACAUGGGCAGCUGCCAGGCGCCCCUCAUCCCCGCGCACUACGUCGGGAAUGGCGUUCCGGGCCAGGUGAGGUUAAAAUAUUUCGGUUCGAACGGCAGCAUCUACAAAAUGUUGCGGGCGAUGGUGUUCGUCGCGGAGCAGGGGUGGUAUCCUCCGUUAGAAAUGGACUAUCAUAGACCAGAUAAGAUGGCAGUUCCAUUUCUUCUGGACUGGCUGAUCGUUGCCCCAGGUCGGCUGGCUAGCGCGGAGUUGACCGACGGCAGGUGCACCUCGGUCGAAGCCCGCGACGUCUGCAAGAGCAGCGAAAGCAGCUGCCGGAAACCUACUAGAGGCUAUAUUUGCUCUUGCCGGCAUGGUUACCAAGGCAAUCCUUACAUCACCGACGGGUGCCAAGAUAUCAACGAGUGCGACUUCCCUGCAAAAGACACCGAGUGCUAUGGCGAAUGUACCAACACACAGGGAUCUUUCGAGUGUCGUUGCCCGCAAGGAACCAUUGGCAACCAUGCCCUGCCCAAUGGCUGCAUCGAACCCGCCAAGCAGCCUGCAAAGCCCAGAAACACAGGUUUAAGCACCGGAAUAGGAGUUGGCAGUGGGGCAAGUGUUAUUGUCUUUAUUGUCAUGGUAUUUUUCAUGAUGCAAAAGUAUAAACACCAAAGGGCAACAAAAUUGAGACAUAAAUUCUUUGAGCAAAAUCGUGGUCAAUUGUUGCAACAAUUGGUAUCUCAGAGAGUUGAUACUGCAGAAAGAAUGAUCAUAAGUUUGGAAGAGCUAGAGAAGGCAACGAACAAUUUUGACAAAUCUCGUGAGCUUGGUGGCGGCGGGCAUGGUACCGUCUACAAAGAGAUUUUAUCGGAUCUCCAUGUAGUUGCCAUCAAGAAGCCUAAGGUGGUGGUGCAGAAAGAGAUUGGUGAGUUUAUUAAUGAGGUUGCUAUCUUGUCCCAAGUCAACCAUAGAAAUGUUGUAAAACUCUAUGGUUGUUGCCUUGAAACAGAGGUCCCAAUGUUGGUCUACGAGUUUGUAUCCAAUGGGACCCUUUAUGAUCACCUUCAUGCCAGGUCAUUGUCGUGGGACGACAGGCUACGCAUAGCCACUGAAACAGCCAAAUCUCUUGCUUAUCUUCACUCGUCCGUCUCAAUACCUAUCAUCCAUAGAGAUAUCAAGUCUGUUAACAUACUUUUGGAUGAUACUUUAACAUCAAAGGUAGCGGACUUUGGAGCUUCAAGGUACAUUCCAAUGGAGCAAUCAGGGGUAACAACAAUGGUGCAAGGUACAAUAGGAUAUUUAGAUCCUAUGUACUUCUACACAUCACGCCUCACGGAUAAGAGUGAUGUUUAUAGCUUUGGUGUCAUUCUUGUAGAACUGUUGACUCGAAAGAAGCUCUUUUCAUACAUGUCCUCUGGAGGUGAUAGCCUUGUUGCAAAUUUUGUUACCCUGCUUGCAGAAGGCAGCUUAUUGCAGAUAUUAGAUCCACGAGUGAUCGAAGAGGGAGGCAUAGAAGUUGAAGAAGUGGCUAAGCUUGCGGUAACAUGUGUGAAAAUUAAAGGAGAGGAUCGUCCAACCAUGAGGCAAGUGGAAAUGACACUAGAAUGCCUUCAAACAUCCACGGACCAUGUUCUAGAUGGUCAGGUGGCCGAGGAAUUUGAGAGGGGUGGCGUUGCAAUAAUUCCACCAUCAACUAAUAGUGCCGAAAGGAACAAUGAUGAUUCAACAAGACAAUACAGCUUAGAAGAUGAGUUUAUGUUAUCCUCAAGGUACCCUCGGUAG